AUGGCCGACGAGAGCCAACAACGAGCCGUGAACACAGCAUUUGCACCCCCGCCGCCCUUAUGGAAACACUUUACGCGCGAGAAUAUCGACAGAGUGGAGCAGAUCAAAGCUGAAGCUUCCAAGGGCGAAGAUUCACCGUCGAAUAGGAACAAGCAAUGGUCCGCAGCCAAACUGCGCGCUCUGCAGCUCCCCUCAGAACUUCGGUACCUGGUGCCACCGGACAUCCCUAAGGGACAAUACAGCGUCUUUGGCGAAUUGCAAACUCUGUCGACAGCAUUGCCAUCAUUACAAGAGCAAGGGAUCGAACAGCUCUACCCAGAACCCCCCGCAGCCGGUAUCGAUCAGAACUUGCAACCCUCGCCCCCUCUCAAUCACGCAUACUACCUUCUCAAGAUCAGCAAGUCUCUGCUCCUUAAUUUCCUAGAAUUUACCGGUAUCUUGUCGGUCUCACCGGAACAAUUUGAAUCCAAGGUCGAAGACCUGCGCAACUUGUUCAUCAAUGCGCAUCACCUUCUCAACCUCUACCGUCCCCACCAAGCCCGCGAAUCACUCAUCAUGAUGAUGGAAGAGCAGCUCAACCACAGCCAAGAGGAAAUGAAACAAAUGGACAAAGUAAAAGCGGAGGUUGAAAGUAUACUGGAGCAACUGCAAGCGGAGGGCAGCCGCGUGAGUGCCAUUGGGUCAGAAGACGAAACCGACCAGGCCAAAGCGCUGAAAGAAAAGGCCGAUGAGCACUCUCGGUUGAUCUGGGACUUACUGGACAAAGAAAUUUGA